AUGUCUCUUGAGGGUACAACGAAGCCGGACCAAAGCAUUCUUCUCGAAUGGUUUAUGUUCGUGAAGGCCCUCAGAGCGAAGAAAGGUGACCGAGCGUUUUCGGAUUUGCAGAUCUACCAUUUGUUGCUCAAGACACACAGCGCACAAGAGGUGACUACACUUCUCGAAACUGCCAAGACCACUCCCGGCUUAAAGAAAAUCGCUACAAGUGUGCAGAAGUCUCUAUCGGGGGAGUGGAUCUCGAAAGCCUUGCGGAAAACACUCACCCCGUGGACCUUUACGAUUCAUUUUAAGUCUUAGAGAAGCGGGCAAGAAGCUGGAUGAGACGCCCAUCAUUCGUCAGUGGCUGGAGUACGUGAAGCUUAUCGGGCUAAGAAUAAAUUUCCAGAUUUCAGC